CGACCGGAUCGAGAGAGGUGGUCAGCGCCAAGAGCGACGGCUGCGUUUCUGCCUACGGAAGAGAUGGAUGCUUUGCUUCGCCACCAGGCAGCUCGUUUGACCCAUAGCUGCUCCAGUACAUCUUCGUCAACAUCCGCCGCCUCGACGAUGCACAACCCGCACAUCCUCGCGGGCAUCGCGACGACGCCGGCGUCCAUGUUUCCCAUCGUCGAGAAGAAGUUCAAGAUACAAGUCAACGACGAGAUGGAGCGUAAGCUCUGCCUCAUCGGGCAGUCGCGCGCGAUGGGCCUCUUGAGCGACUUCCACCUCGUGCCGCUACGCGAGUCGAACGGCGUCGCGCUCUACGAGAUCGCCGACGACCAGCAGCUCUACACGAUGAAGGGCAGCGUGCUCAUCCCGUCGUCGUCGGUCGCCGACGUCAUGGCCUUUCUGAGUGUCCCGACCACGGACCGGUUCCGCUACGUGUUUGGCGAGCUCUUUGGCACGCUCUUCCUCGAAGGCACGGUGCUCCACGCCGCCGACGCGGCCAAGAUGGCGCCGGACGAGAGCCUUAGCAUCAACUGGAUGGCGCUCCAGAACGCCAAGCACACGCUCGCGCACCGCGACUACGUCUUCCUCAAGUACGGCACGCGGCUCGAGAACGCCCCUCGGCCGUCGCCCGGCGGGAAGCAGCGCGGCGUCUUUACGCACCCGAGCGAAGAGCGCGUCGGUGUCCAGAUCUGGGAGUCGCUCGAACUCGACUCGUGCCCGCCGCUGCCCGACUCGCUGCACGUCCAGCGGCACAAGUUUCGUCGGUCCGGCUUUGUGGUGGCGCGCGAUUUGACCCGGAACGCGGUGCGCGUCUCGAUCUUCCUCUCGGAGCUCCAUGGCUCGUCCGACGUCUCGCACUUGACGCAGAUCUGGCUCAGCAACAUGCUCGUGUGCCUCUCGCGCUUCUCGCACGUCCUCGUGUCGCACCACCUCUCGCUCAUGGAGCUCAAGACGUCGUUUCCGCAGGACGACGCGGUCUGCGAGAGCUGCGCCAAGACGCGGCCCAAGCCGCGGCUCUACUGCUGCGUCUGCGCCAAGCCGUUCUGCCCCAAGUGCGUCGACACGCGCUCGGUUCGACAAAAGAAUGUGACCAUCGACGUCCGCGUCUGCAACCGGUGCACGACGCUGGCGAUGCGGGCGCCGGCCAAGCCACCGAGCCUGAAUCCGCCGCCCAUCGAGCCCGAGCCCGAAGAAGAGAAGAAGCGGCAUGCGCCUCGCCGCAUUCGGUGUAGCCCCGACGACGUCGAGCGCUGGCGCACGCUCGGGCGGUCGUUGGCGUCCGAGCUCAUGACGUACCGAUCCCUCGACACCGAGUACAUUGGCGCGAGCAGCCACCACCCCGACGUCCUUUUCUACGAGGCUCGGCCGCCGCAUGCAACGAUUCGGCGGGCGACCGUGACGCUGCCAGCGACGCCGGUGGAGGUCGUGCUCGACCGCCUCGCGUUUCUUGAGACGGACCACCUCCGACACAUCUUGCUGCACCUCUUUGGCGAGCUCUUCACGGCCGGCGCGCUCCUCUAUUCGUCGCCCGUCGAAGGCAACGAGCGCGUCGAGGUCGUCGAGAUCGAGGGCAAGACGAUCGGCCGGUCGCGCCUGUUGCAAUACAUCAACAUAUUGCCGGAUGGGAGCGGCGUUGUGAGCUGGGAGAGCCUCUCGGACGACAAGCUCUGGCACCAGUGCGGCUUUGUCGUCGAGCACAUCCGCGGCACGCGCGUGUCGUUCUUUGUCUCGACGAGUGCACUCCACAAGGUGCUCGAGAGCCUCCGACUGCACAAGCUCCUCUCGGUGCUGCCAUUUGGCGACAAGUGCGAUCUCUGCCGAUCGCGCAACCCGCCGUCGCCGCCAUCAAGCCCGGAGCUCGCGGUGCUCCAUGAAGAGAGUGAGAUCGUGCCGCCACCGCCGCCGCUGCCCGACCCGCUGCCGCUCAACGCGGUCUUGGCCAAGAACCUCGAAUCGCUCGGGCACAUGCGUGCGGAUGUGCUUCUCGCCGCCGUCGCCGAGCCCAUGUCGUUUGUGAAGGAGACGCGCGGCGUCGCGCUCUAUGCGCAGACGACGUCCGAGCUGCGCACUAUCAAGGCCGUCGUACUUGUACCGUUUCUCAAUAUGCCCGACGUCCUCGAUGUGCUUGCGAUGGAGACGACGCAGGCCUUUGAACUCACCGUACGGCAUCUCUGGGGACCGCUGCUCGUCGAAGGCGAAGUGCUCUAUGCGAGUAAGAACGAGAGCACGCUCCAAGUGCACUCGAUGGUGCUUCAGAACGACCUCGAGUACCUCUUCAUUCAGUGCGCCAAGAGCAACGACGACGAGACGCGGACCGCAGUUGUGUGGGAGUCGAUCGAGCUCGACGAGUACCCGCUACUGGCGCCCCGCCGCCGCCACCGGUUCCACCACUGCGGCUUCGUCGUCGAAGAGGCCAUGCAGGGCGAGAACCCCGCGGUUCAGAUCUCAUGGGUCAUGUCGCAGCCGCUCUUGCACGAAGACGACGACAAGGACGAGGUCCUCGAGCACGGGCUCCCCGUCGACUGGCUGCCCGUGCUCGCCAAGGCGACGGAGCGCGCGUGGACCGACGCGGUCAUCGACCACCGGCUCACGCAAGCCGCGCCGGUGGCCAUGGCGCCCAUUGACCCAAAUGCCACGUGCUGUGCGUCGUGUCGGCAAACAUUUGGGCGCACGCUGACCAACCGCCAGUUUUGCGUGGUGUGCGGCGACGCUGUCUGUCUCGGGUGCAGCUCGACGCGCCAGCUCUUUGCGGGACCGUGCUCGGUAUGCAACGGGUGCCUGCACAUGCACACGACACAGCUGCUUCGGCGGUCGAGCUUGGCCAUGUCGGCGCCUGCGUCACCACCCCGCCGCGCGCCGCCGCCGCACUCGAUGUCGUCGUCGUCGUCGAGUGCUCUCUCGCGUAGUAAUUCAGCCCAUGAGCACAACAAGGCCAUGUCCCGCACCCACUCGGCGCACGAAAACCGACAGCCGCGGCAACUGCAGCUGUCGCCGGAUCGUCUCCAAGCGUUGGAGAAGCUCGGGCGGCAAGUCGCGUCCGAGCUUUGCUCCGAGAUGAACGCCGUGCCUCUCAAAGACGCAGCCAACGGCGUCCAGCUCUUCGAAGUCGACGACGGGUCCGUGUACACUAUGAAGGCGACGAUCACGCUGCCAAAGGUCCAGUCGCACGACCUCCUCGCGAUGCUGUCGAUGCCGACGACCAAGCAUCUGCAUUAUGUGUUUGACGAGCUCUUCCAGCACCUCUUUGUGGACGGCAAGGUCCUCUUCAGCAACGCCAAGACGAGCAGCAGCAGCAGCCACCUCUCGGUGCUUUGGAUCCUCUUCCAGAGCGCGCGCGCCCACUUGCCUCAGCGCGAGUACGUCCUUCUCCAAGCGCAGCACAUGUUUGGGUCGACCGCCGUGAGCGUCUGGGAGAGCAUCGACGCCGACAUUGAAGGACUGGUGCGCAAGUCGGUCGCGCCACCGCCGCCGCUCGGCGCGCUCGUGCCCGAUGUCCCGUUCAACGCCGUGCGCCUCAACUUGCACCGGUCCGGGUUUGUGCUCCAAGACAUCCACGGAGGCACGCCGGCGUGCCGGAUCUCGUUCUUCCUCUCGGAGAACCACCACCAGCGGCCUCAAGUGUCGUCAACGACCAAGUACUGGCUCACGACGAUGGUGUCGAUGAUCUCGGAUCUGCACACGGUGUUUGCGGGCUACCAGCUCUCGCACCUCCCGCUCGUCGACGCGUCCGAGCCGCCGCCGGCCAAGUGCCCGCACUGCUACAAGGCGUUUUCGCUCGUGCGGGUCAAGCACGCGUGUCGCAUCUGCGGCACGUACGUCUGCAACAAGUGUUGUGAGUCCAAGCGGCUUAUCUUUGUGAAAGAGUCGAUCCGCGUCUGCCACCGCUGCAUCCAGGGCGCUGUCAACACGGGGCCGCUCAAAGCCACCGUGAUUCGCGACCUCAUGGGGUCACCGAGCACCGAGAGCUCCAAAUUGACGAGCCAAUCGUCGUCGUCCAUGACCAACUCGGGCCCCGGCGCGCCGCGCCGCACGGACGACGCGCCCAUGGUGUACAAGCGGCCGUCGCGCGUGCACAUCUCGUCUGCGUUCGCGGCCGGGCUCCGAACCCGUGGGCAAGAGCUGGUGACGCAUUUGCUCUCGGACCGGCCGUACUUGACGCCCGUGAAGGAGCUCAACGGCGUCCAGCUCUACGAAGCCGAAGAAAAAGGCGUGUACAGCGUCAAAGGCACGUUGAUUCUGCCCAAAUAUGCCAUUUCGGACGUCUUGACGCUGCUCGAGAUGCCGGUGACCGAUUGCUUUCUCACGACGAUGGAGGACAUCUUUGGCAGCAUCUUCUACAACGGGUCGGUGCUCUACGGCGACACGCGCAGCCAAGACAGCCUCAGCAUCAACUGGAUGGAGCUCCGGAACGCCAAGCCGCAUUUGCCGCACCGCGACUUUGUCUUCUUCAAGUACGGGACGGUCUGGGACCGCGCCGUGUGCGCCACGGACGUCGAGCGCACCGUCGGCGUCUCGGUGUGGGAGAGCUUGGAUCUGCCCGAAGCGUGUCCGCCGGCGCCAUUGGCCUCCAACACGGUCCGCGUCGCCUUGCGCCAGUGCGGGUUUCUCGUCGAAGAGCUCGUGUCCCGACAGAAUCUCCGGCUCACGUUUGUGUUGCAUGAAAACACGUCGGGCCGCAAGAGUGUCUCGGCCAACACGCGCCUCUGGAUGCACAAGGUGGUCUCGUCGAUUGGCGACGUCAACACGGCGAUCCUCUCGCGGUACCUCGCCGAGUGCAAUCUGCUCACGCACUUUUCCAAGGCCGGUCCGCUCUGCGUGAUUUGCGCCAAGUCGUUUUCGAUUCUGCGCCGAAAGGCCAAUUGCUGUGUCUGCGGCGACGAGUGUUGUCACAAAUGCUCCGAGAUCAAGAAAGUCCGGGCCGGCAAAACGCUGCGGGACGUGCGCGUAUGCAUCCUUUGCUUGGCGCCGGCCAAAGUGUCGCUCCAGCGCAUUGUACCGUCCGCGACCGCGCCAACCGACUGCAUCAUGAUUCGCUAAGAAGCGUAAUGCGAAUCGGCGAUCGCAUCUUGGUAUG